AGAAUAGCAGGGGACACCGGAAGUUGUGUCGUUGGCGCGAAUAAUAACAACAAAGCUGAUAUUUCAAUUUUUCCUAGCUGCUAUCAUUUAAUUAUCACAAAAUGUAUAGCCAUGUAUCCAACUCCAUGGACAACGUUUGUUUAUAAUGUGUAUAAUUGCUUUAUUUGAAGUAUUUCUAACGUUAUAACGUCAAAUGUUGUUUAAAUGUUGGCUAACCCAGUCGCUGCCUCGUAGGUUAGACAGACGAGCUUUCCUAAACUGACAGCAGCGUUUUAAUUAGUAUCGCUAACGUAAAACGAGCGACAGUACGUCUUUACUUCCGAAAAGCUAGCCAUGUCCAAAGGAGACAAGGAAGGCUUCAUUGUGAAGUUUGUGGAAAGCAGAGCACAGAACAGAACAGAGUAUGCUGUCAAGGCGUACGAGGCCAUUUUGGAGCUGCAGUCUGACAAGUACUUGAAAACCGUCGAUGAAGAUGCAGUUUUGCAGAUGGACCAGAAGGACAAGUCUCUGUUCGUCUUCAGCAGCUUCUCCAGCCCAGCCUUUGUGCACUGCAAAAAGCUUGGCUGCCGGGUGGUGAGUCCACUGGUGGUGUUGUACUGCCUGCAGCAGCAGCAUUGUGUCCCCAAAGCAGAGAAGCCCGUCUAUAACAUGGCCAUGGCUGACAUCACUAUUUCCUGCACCAGCUUGGAUAAAGCAACACGGGCAGAGGUGAUGGACCUGGUGCAACUCAUGGGUGGACGGGUCUAUCUUGAUCUAAACGUAUCGGUCACACACCUGAUAGCUGGUGAGGUGGGCAGCAAAAAAUACCUGGUAGCGGCCAGCCUGGAUAAACCCAUCCUGCUGCCCACGUGGGUCAAAGCCUGCUGGGAAAAAUCUCAAAACAGUCUUUUCAGGUAUACAGAUCUACCCAUCGAGGACCAUCUGUGCCCAGUGUUGCGUGGUUGCACUGUUUGUGUGACCGGCCUCUCGAGCACAGAGCGCAAAGAGGUGCAGCGGCUCUGUGAUCAGCACGGAGCCAAGUACACCGGUCAGCUCAAAAUGAAUGAGUGCACGCAUCUCAUUGUUAGUGAGCCAACAGGUCAGAAGUACGAGUGUGCAAGGAAGUGGAAUGUGUAUUGCGUGUCUCUGCACUGGCUGUUUGACAGCAUAGAAAAAGGUUUCUGUCAAGACGAGAGCAGGUACACUGUGACGCGAAACGCAUCCAAGGCCACUCGCCCGCACACUUCCACCCCCACUGGCACCAACAAGAAGGAGGAGGGUCCAUCUCUGCUGGGCUUGAGCCACAUAUCUGUGAAUGCUAGCAUGACCGUAAACGACACAGCCCUCACUAACAGCACCAUCAGCCGCCUGGAAGCUCCAGACCCCGUUGAUUCUCUGGAUCUCACCGUCUGCCCAGCAGAUGAUAUAUUUGAUGGUUGCAAGUUGUACCUGUGUGGCCUCCCGGGGAAGAAACUGGAGAAGCUGAGGCGUCUCGUGAACGCUGCAGGAGGUCUGCGCUUCAAUCAGCCCAGUGAGGAACUCACACAUGUGGUCAUGGGGGAGCUGGACCAGGACCUCAAGAAUUUUCUGUUCAAAGCAACGCAUAGACCUCAUGUCGUAACGGUGCAGUGGCUGCUGGACAGUUAUAACAAAGGCGGUGUAAUCCCGGAAGCGGAUUACCUCCACCCCGACUGUCUUCCCCCGGCUGCUGUAUGCGUGUCUGCCGGCCGCAUUCCCACCUCCCGGCACUCGGCUGGUCCCCUUGCAGCCAGUCCCAGCACUCCCAGGCAAACGAGAGCAGAGGAAGACCUGCUCUCUCAGUACAUGGACGACGACCCUACAAUAGUGGAAAUGCCGCCGCCGGCGGUAGAGAGUAACAGCAGGAAGUCCAUCGGUACAUGUGCUGGAACUUGGGCGCCAAGCCGCAGCAGAGCACCAGAGCCAGACUCAACCCUGCAGGAAGCCAGCGAGACAGGCCUGUUUUUCGGGAAAUGUUUCCUUCUCGUGGGCUUCGGCGCCGAGGCAGAGACCCAGCUCUCUCUUCUCGUGACGGAAAAUGGAGGCCGGGUGCUGAUGGGCCGCACACGUGUCGUGGCAGACUAUGCGGUGGUCCCGCUGUUGGGCUGCUCAGUGGAGGCCACAGUGGACGAGGUGGUCACUGAUACCUGGCUGGCCAUGUGUGUGGAGAAGGAGUGUGUUCUGCAGCUGUCCUCCAACCCUUUGUUCACACCCGUCCCGCUGAUGGAGGGGCGGUUUCCUCUCAAAGAGUGCGUUCUCUCCGUCAGCCAGUUCACGGGAGCAGAGAGGGAGUCUUUGGUGGAGCUGGCCAAGCACCUCGGAGCCAGCGUCCAGGACUACUUUGUGCGCCUGGCCAACCAGAAGAAAGGGAUGCUGGCCAGCACUCACCUGGUGCUGCAGAGCCCCGAAGGCACAAAGUACCAAGCGGCCAAGAAAUGGGGGCUGCCAGCCGUCACCAUGCACUGGAUCCUCGGGUCUGCUCGGACCGGCCGCAGGGCGGAGGAGGGGCUUUAUCUAGUGGACCAGCCAACCUCACUGGAGAGGGAUGAUGAGAGCUUCGUCGGUGGGUCCCAGAAGGCCGCCAUGCCUCCACCGGCACGCUCGUCUCCAGAGAUCCCUUUGCUGGGUCUGCAGGGCGGUAAGGCCGUUACUCCGCUGGAUCUGGGUCGCCUGCGGAGCAAAGUGUUGCGCUCUGUGUUGGAUGAGAGGAAGCCCAAAGACGACGUCGGCACCCCCAAGCAAAAGCCAGAAGGCUGCAGAAGUCACCCUCCUCUGAAGGAGACCUACCUGAAUCUGGACACUCCCUCUCGUUUCCUCAGCAGAGACCAGCUCUUCAGGGCGACUCUCAACUCCAAGGAUGCUCUAGGAGCAUUGGAGACUCCGGGGGGAAAAUCCAAACCAGCAGAGAUGGUGGAGACCCCGCUGACUGAUGUCAUCAACCGGCACCUGAAGGUGUCGCUCGCCAACAGAAACCGAAAUGGCGUCUCACACAGCGAUAUGCAAGCGAUCACUGCCAGCCCCAAAUUCACAAGGGCCACCGAGGAGGUCCCUCAAAAAGAACCGGGCUCUCUGGCUGGUGUUGUGAUCUGUGUGGGAAAGAAGCUGAGCAAAAUGCAGAGCGAGCUCAAUGCCGUCGCCGCCUCGCUCGGCGCGGACUUCAGGUGGGCUUGUGACGAUACGGUGACGCACUACAUCUACCAGGGACGCGUGGGCGACAACAGCCGCGAGUACCGAGGCGUGAAGGAGCGAGGCCUGCACGUGGUCUCCCAGUACUGGCUGCAGGCUUGUGCGGAGGAACAGAGACACGUCCCCGAGUCUCUGUAUCCGUUCACCUACAACCCCAAAAUGAGCCUGAACCUCAGCCAGGUGCCCAACAGCUCUCAGAGGUCUCCACCUUUUACACGGACCCAAGUCAAAAACAUCACGGACGCAAAAGACGAGAUGCGCGAACGCGUUAACGCAGAGGAAGCCCCAACGUUACGCCGCGUAAGCGAUGGAAGCACCGAUAACGAAGACACAAAUGAUGCUGCAGGGCGAAGCGAUGUUACGGAGACUCUAGAAAUGAGAGAGAACCUGCAAAGGCAGCUCCAGGAGAUCAUGUCGGCCACCAAGCUGACCACGGGGAGGCGUACCUCGGUAAGACUCAGCAGAAUGGGAUCGGGGGGGGGCGACUCGGACCCCCACACACCCGAUGGCAGCCGGUUCGGACGCUGCGGGACCCGACGUACUCUGGAAGCUCUGAGGGUUCCCAGAGAAGCAGCGCUGGACAUCAACACGGAGCCGUCUCAGAGCGAGCAGAUCGUUUGGGACGACCCGACAGCCAGGGAGGAGAGGGCCAAGCUGGCCGACAAUCUGCAGUGGCCCGGGAGUCCGUCCCAACAAUCGGAGCCCUUCGCGGCCCCGCCUCCUCCCGCCGCUCAGUUCUCGGACUCCAUGACGGACUCCGAGCUGGUGGAGAUGGCUGCUUGUGACGUCAUCGACCAGCACAUGGGCCAUAAAAGAGUCGCCAGGCCUCCAACGGAGGAGCGGGAAACGGACAUCCUCACUCCCAAAGCCCCCAGCAUCACCUUCCCUCUCGCCAACCCCCCGGUCGCACCGGAGCCACAGGAGGAGCCGGAGGAGGAGGAGGAGGAGAAGCAGCCACCCAGGUUUCAGCUGUCCUCCCUCAGCCCACAAGAACGCAUUGAUUACAGUCACCUCAUAGAGGAGCUUGGCGGCGUAGUCCUGGAUAAGCAGUCUUUCGACCCCAGCUGCUCCCACAUCAUCGUCGGGACUCCCCUGCGUAACGAGAAGUACCUCGCGGCCAUGGCGGCGGGCAAGUGGAUCCUGCACCGCUCGUACCUGGAGGCCUGCCGCUCUGUGGAUCGCUUCAUCCAGGAGGAUGAGUACGAGUGGGGCAGCGGCUCCAUUCUGGACGCGUUGCCCUCCAUCACCUCCCAGCAGAGGAGGCUGGCGCUAGCCGCCAUGCGCUGGAGGAAAAGCCUGCAGGGCCGCUCCGAUCGAGGGGGAGCCUUCAGUGGGUGGACGGUCAUGCUGAACAUCGAUCAGAGCAGAGAGUCCGGCUUCAGGCGGUUACUGCAGUCCGGCAAUGCGAAGGUCCUGCCGAGUCCCUCCCCGUCCUUGUACAAGGAGGCCUCUCACCUGUUUGCGGACUUCAGCCGGCUGAAGCCCGGAGACUUCCGAGUGGACGUGUCGGAGGCCACCUCCCACGGGGUCAGAUGCUUGAAGCCGGAGUACAUCGCAGACUACCUCAUGCAGGAUCCAACGCCGCCUAUGGAGCUGUACCACCUGACCGAAGCUCCCUCUGAGGAAGCUCCUGGGACUCCGUCACGUAAGCGCAAAGCGUCCGCAGACAACUCCAGGCUGAAAAAGACACGUCUGACCUGAAACGCGGCUCCUAGAGAUCGUCUAUGAAAUGAUUUUUGUAAAUAAGAUUGUUGUUGUUUUUUUUGUUUAUGUGCUAAAAAUAAAAUAAGUGGAGCAUUUGUUGUGACAAUUUGGCAUCUUAAACUCAAGUGCAUCGCAGUUUGUGCGGUGAACUCUGAGGCUUUAAGCCUUGAUGGAUCACUGAAGGUCUGAAAAAUGUGUCGAGUCAUGUUUUGUAAUUGGGUGCAAUGACCUUCUCUGGCCUGUGAGGGGCAGUACUCCUUCACUGCUGACUCAGCGCUGCGUUAGAGAGCAGCGCAACGAGAAAGCAAGUUUCUAAUGAGGAGUUUUAUCUUGAAAAACGACUAUUCCAAGUUAAUAACUAUUUAUUUUUCUGUUGCCUGAUUAUAUCUGUGUAGUUAUUUUUCGCAGCUCUUUUCCUCCUUAAAGUGAAUAAAAUGAAUCACUUCUCGACUGUCCUGCCUCUGCAUUAAUAAAUGCUUUGUUAUACUGUUA